AUGUCUUUAACUUUAAAUUUAGGCUAUGUUCCAACAGAAAUAACUAACAUUAAAGGAGAAUUAAAAAUAUUAUUUUAACACUCUUUUAAUUUACUCAUUUUAAAUGGAAAAUUUCUUUAGGAUAUUAAUACUCAUAACUAUUCCAUUAAUCAUUCAGUUAAAUAUAAUACUUUUGCCUCACUUUAUUAACCUAUUAAAGUCACUUAUUCUAAAAAAUAUGAUAUUUACUUCAUUUUAUUUGAUGAUUGGCAAAUUUAUAUUCUCUCAUCCAAUCUAAUCUUUUUUAAUAAAAUUUCUGUCAUUACUUCAUAUCCUCUUGCUAUUCAUUUUAUAGAUGAAUCCAUUUCCUUAUAUGUGGUUUAAGAUAGUAAAAUAGAACAAAUCUUUAUGGAAAUUGAGAAAACUUCAUUAUAAAUUAAAGUAACAUUUUUGAGCAAAUUAAGUUUUACUAACUCUAAUAAAUAUUUUAUUGGAUUCUCAUUAUAACAUUCAUUAAUAUUUCUUUGGGAAAAAGAAACUUUAAAAGUGUAUAAUCAAAAUUAUCAAUUGAUAACAGAAAAAUUAAAUAUUACAAAUAAAAAAAAUUGUAUCACUUGCUUAUUGUAUUUUCCAACAUUUUAUUAUAUUGUCUGUGGUACAAAAGAUUGCAAAAUAUAUACAUGGACUUUAAAUAAUCAAAGCUAACCUAUUAAUAUUUUUGAUAUUGAAUAUGGAUCCCAUAUUGAAUUAUUGCACAAUGAUAAAAAUGAUGAAAAUUUGUUUUGGGCCUCUUCAAAUAGUGAAAUAUCUCUAUUUUCUAUUUAAACAUGGCAAUGUUUAUAAGUAUUUAAAAUAGGUGUAUAAUUUAAAAAUUUAUUUACAAUCAAUCAAUAUAGAUUAUUUGCUAGUUUUCAUUAAAGUCUUUAUAUUUUAACAAGGUAAUUAGAACAACGUUUAAUAUGUUAGCAUAAUUCUGAAAUUAGAUGUUAAAUUGAAGGAAUUUCAGAUCCUUAAUUUCUAUUUGAAAAUAAUAGUCUAAUACAAAUGUAAAACCCUAAAAAAUUUAAUACUCAUUACAUUAAAACAAAAUAAACUAUUAUACAAGCGCAUUAUGUUUCACCAGCUUAUUAUUUUUUAACAGAAACCAGUGAUAUCCUAUAAUUUUUGGAUUAAAAUAUUAAUAUUGUGAUGUGUGGUGAUCGCUUACAUAAUAGUGAAGGGGCUUUGGUAAAAAAUAAAAUUAUCAAUCUUAAAUUUAUUCAAAUUGAUACUAAUCUAGUAUUUUUAUUUAUAUAUAUUUAACAAGGAUAAAUAUUAUUAUAUCAACUCCCUAAUUUUAAUAGAAGUAUUUCUGAACUAAAUUAUAAUAGAUGUUCUAUUAAACUUUCCACUAUUAUUAAAGUCUUAAACAAUGAUAUAUACAUUUUAACUAUUGAUGAAAAUAAUGUGUUUAAGUUGUUAAAAAUGAAAGGAAACAAUCUUUAAUUGCUAAAAUAAUUAACUUUUAAAAUAGAAAUUAAGAAAAUGCAUUCUCUUUAAAAUAAUAUUUUUAUCCUUACUAGCUAAGGAGAAUUAAGUAAAUUUAAAUAUCAAAACGAUGAUUUUAAAUAAAAAAUUUUUGAUAUUGAGGGAAAUGAAUAUUGUUAUAAUGAUUUUUAAGUAUAUUUAGAACCAAAAAUUAUAAUUGGAUGUUAAGCUAAGAUGCUUGUAAUAAUGACAUUUAAAAAGAUUAUUUUAAGAUAAAUAAAUAUUGAUUGUAUUUUAUUAAACUUUGGAUAUUUUAACAAAAACUUAAUACUUUGUUUAUAAAAUGAAUUAAGUGUGAUUGAAGAUCAGAGAUUGUUAUUUAAUAAUGACUUUUUAAAGGAAAUCAAUUCUAAUAGAAAAAUAAUAACAUAUUAAGGCUUUGAAAUCUUUGAAAAAGAUAAGGAUAGUAUAGUAUCUUCAAAAAGGGAGAAAAGUAUGAAAUUGUUGAAAAAUGACAGCACAAUUCUAAGUAAAAAGUAAAUUAAAAUAUAAUCAAAUAAUACAUAGAUGAUUUUGAUUACUUAGAAAUAAAUAAUCUAAUAAAACUAAUAAAUAACAUAGUCUUCAUUUUAUAAUGCUAAUGAUUCAACUUAAAGAGGACGAAUAAAAUCUAGAAAUUAAUAAUAAUAAGAUAAUUAAAAUUAUGGAAACAAUAUUAAUAUGACAGGCACACGAUCUAGGCCUUGGACAUAAAAUAAUUUUAAUAAACCAAAUCAAGUUGUUUUGUAAUAGAGUUCAUCAGUUGAAAAUAACGAAAUAAAGGAAUUAAAUGCUUUAUAUCAACCAGCUAUUCCUUUAUUAAAACCAACAAAAAAGAAUACUUUGGCUGAGCAAUUUCUUGAUAGUAGGUUAAAAAAAAAGAAAUUUAAAACAAGAAGAGAUUUAACAAUGAACAGGAUAAUCUAAAGAAACAUCAGAAUAUUAUCAUUUUGUUGA